AUGGUCGAAGACGGUGAAAUCGAGGAUGGAGAGGUAUCCGAUAGUCCCAGACGUGAAGAAAAUGGAGAGAGCGAGAAGCGGAAGGCAACGAGUCCGCCCCAAACUGAUAACAACGUAAAGAAGCCGAAAAUCGAGGACGACGAUAUGGAAGAGGGGGAGUAUGAGAGCGAAGACGAGGGAGAGAUCAUUUCAGAUAAUGAAAAUGGAAUGGAUGUUGACUCGCGCGACCUACCAAUUGAUGACUUGUGUCUGCAAGAUGUGGAGCUCUUGCAAGAUAGAAGCAUGCGCAAAAUCGACUGGUCCCUCCUCAUUCCUGAGAAACCACCCAAGAAAGAAAGGAAAGAACGCGAUGAAUACACGACAGCUUCAAUUUUAAGAGCAGCGAGAGUGCAUAAAAACUCAAAGUAUUUAAUCAGAGAUCCGGAACUUUUAAAAUCUCUUGAAGAUGCGCUAGCAGCUGAACCAGAAAUUGAAGAAGAGAAAGAAUCACGUGGACCUAUUCACAGUAAUCUUCGCGAAAUCAUCGUCCAGAAUCGCCAACGCAUCGGAAUGCCAGCCGGUCUUCCUCUUCGUCCAUUUAAGACUCCGACAGUUCUAAACGGAGCCCUUGCCCACGAAGUUACACAGCUCAUUCUCGACUCCUAA